AUGGGCUCCUCCUCUUCAUACCCCUCCAGCCAAAUUUCUCCCCAGCCAGACCGGAAUCCGCCCGGGAUCGCCCAAACUAAUCUGCCCCAUCGACCGGCCAGUCGAAAUAAAGCCUCAGACUCCGCUGCCAACACCGAUGCCCCUAUUCCCGAUGACGCGCAUGGAUCCGACCUGCCACUGACCAUGUCCGCGUCCGUGGUUUUAACCAGUCUACCACGGGACGCGCAUCAAGCACUAGCGGAUGCCGAGGCCAUCGAUACAGGAAAGGUCACCGUCCGCUUCCAACCUUUACCUGCAGCCCCGAUCUUGAAAACCCGCGUCUUCAAGAUCAGCGCUUCCCAGAAAUUCGAGACUGUGGUUAAUUUCCUGCGCAAGAAGCUGGACUGUAAGCCGUCUGAUUCGGUGAUUUGUUAUGUGAAUAGUACGUUUGCACCGGGGCUUGAUGAGGGCGUGGGGGGGUUGUGGAGGUGCUUUAAGACGGACGAGCAAUUGAUCGUGUCGUACUCGAUGACGCCCGCGUUUGGUUGA